AUGUCUGGCUCUAACCAAACGCAGCGAAAUACCCUCGAGACGUUCAUCCAAGGAUGGAGAGGGUGGACUCCCGAAGGCAUGAUGGCAACAUUCUCAGACGACUGCACCCAGUCCGCUCUCCCCUUCACCAUGCACCAGCCACAACGAAACAUGCAAGACAUCAAGGCAGCACUACCCAAGCUCAUCCGAGUCGUCGACAACUACGAGCUCAAAAUCCACAACAUCGUACACGACACCACGAACGGCAAAGCCGCCAUCUACGCGAUUUCGAAAGGAGACACCCCGUUCGGAGAUUGGAAUAUGGAAUAUGCGGUGUUCGUCGAGUUCAAUGAGGACGGAGACAAGAUUGUUAAGCUGGAGGAGAUGCUGGAUUCGGGGUUUAUGAGGGAGUUUGCUCCGAAGUUUGGGUCGUUUUUGAUGGAGAAUCCGGAUUGGUAA